AAUAAGUUUUCCUUCUUGAUAGACCUAUUUUCUAAUAUUCCCAAAUAAAGUCAACUUCUAUUUGACAUAUUGAUGAACCUACAGUUAUUCUAUCAAUUCAUCUUGAAUAUUGUUGAACACUACAUCUUAAAUGUGAUUUUUUGGGUCUGUCCUCAAGCACUCCAAUUUUUAUUUGUUUUUCAGAUGUCUUUUCUUAGAUAUCAAUCCGAUCACUUGAUUAGCUAUUUAUUGAUUAAUCUCAAGGUAUUUUCGAUUCUUAUCCUUAUUUGUCACAAGAAUUUUUGGAAUUUCGUUUUAACAGACAAUAUUAAUCUUGAUAAAGAUCCUACUGAAAAUAAUGUUUCCUUAUGUGUUUCGUUUUAUUACUUAAAUUCAAAAUAUUUGCUCCUCAAAUAAUGUGGUGUGAUGUGUGCUACUGAAGAUGAAAGAUAUAAAUAGUAUUCCUCAUCCGUCGAAAGUGAAACGCCUGGAAGCAGAGGGUUAAGAAGACCGAAGAGAAGAGAGCGAGAACAGAGAGUGAUUGAUGUGGAACCGAAGGUACAAUCAAAUCUGUGACAGUUGAUUGACAUUUUGCAAACGAAUUAUUUACUGUAUGGUUCUCAGAUUUUACAAAGAUAUUCUGUAAUGUGUUAAAAUGCGUAGUCAGUUUCCCUUAUAUAUGUUCUCGUUCACUAAUGUGAGGACGGCCCACGGGUGAACUCGAAGAAGCUCAGAAAAAACCUGAGACAUUCCAUCCAAUCAUCUUUUGGAUGAACAUCCCAGAAUAGCGACAUGUAUCUUCCCUAUCGGACAAAUGCUAAAAGCCAUUGUUUGCGGAUUGGAUGACUAUAAUGAUGAUUUCAUUUUUACUAAAACCUAUAAAUACUUGGGAGUUUUGUACCACAUUUGACACUGUUGGAAUAACAUUCCUCCUCACUCGUCUUCUGUCUUGUCAUUUUACGACCUGGCGGGUUCUAGAGUUCGAGUGCUCGCGUAAUACGCGGUAUAUCAAGAAUCUAAGCUCUAGAUAUAACAACUACACUAGAACUUGAGUUACAUUUUAAUCAGCUAAUAAAUAAUGGUCAAAAAUUAGUCAGAAAUCUGUUCAUUUGUACUCAUCAUGACCAUAUAAAUAACCAUGCUAAAUACAAACUUCACUUCCUAGCCGAUUCCAUAAAAUAAUUUUCCACAAUUACUUGACUGCUAGCAUAGUGCCAAUAAUUUCGGUAAAAAAUUAAAUGAUCCAUCCAGUGUAUAAUCACGCCAUCUCUUUUUUAUGGUAGUCAUAGUUUACUUCUACAUUCAACGAUUGUCUUUUUCAGAUAACUUACACAGAACCUGCAAAACCGGUACCAACAAAUCUUCGUGUUGAAGGUGAACGAGAUUUUUUAACUACAAAUAAAAGUGUUUACACAGUCAAACCGAUAACAGGAUGUCCUGUACGUAGACUAAAGAUGCCAAGUACUCCAAAACCACGUGUUAGCGAACCAUUUUCUGGUGAAACUCAAUUUCGUGCAGAUUUUCCCCCAGAACGUGCAUGGAAUAGUGUUGAUCCAAUGAGCUCAAUUGUACCACAACCAUGUCAACCGCCAAAAGCACAAAUCCAAUUGCGCGACACAAACGAGAUAUCUUUUCACACAGAACAGCGUGAUCAAUUUCAAGGUCAUGAUGCUAAGACUAAUCCAAAACCGAAAUCAUUCAAACAUGAACCAUCGGUUUAUACCAAACCAGCUAUUAAACUUGAUUGUAAUUCAGUGACGAAAUUGGAUUUCCAACCAUAUACAACUGAACAAAUACUUAGUGUGAACGCAAAGUCUACCUUCGGUCGAAAAAUAAUGAAUAAUGAUGACAAUGGUGUACAACAAUCUGAAAAAAUGAAACCUGAGGAAUUAAAACUACUGAAAAACUAUUUAAAAGGUUUAAAAUCAGCGAAAAAUCAACAAUUACCUAAAAUGUAGAAUAAUUAAUUUCUUAUCGAAAACAAAGCUAUAUCUGAUGCUAAUUAGUUGACUUGGUAAUUUUCUCUACCUAUCUCUUGCUGCUUAGUUAGCAGAUUCAUCAAGAUCCUAUGUUGGCAAAUUAUAUCGAAAUAUGAGUAUAUUUGAAGUAACAUAUAUAUUUGGGGAGAGUAUCGUUUUCCUCAAACAGAGAUCAUUUUUGAGCAGUAUUUUCCAGAAGAUAAAAAAAUAAGGAGGAAUAAAGGAAGGGUAACAUUUCAUAUGUGAUACUCUAUGAAGAAUAAGUUCGAGAACAUUUGAGUCACCAGUAAAAAUUACAGUUUUCCACCCACUUCAUCUCUAUUCAAUUUUAGGUACAGCAAUGUCUGAAGAGUGUA